GGCCCCGCCGCCGCCCCCACCCCCUGUGCCGCGGCGGGAGAGCUGCGGGGCCGCGCCGCGCCUGGGCCGGACUCGCCGCCGGACCGGCCCGCCGGAGAGUGCAGAAAUGUCUCCCUUUGAAAAUAAAGGACUAAUACUGGGCAUAAUGGCAGGGACUGCUGGAAUAAGCCUGAUGCUGAUUUGGUACCGUAAGAUCCGAAAACCUGGUGCAGCUAUGCGUAUACCUGCGUUCCUGCAUGUGGGUAACAGGCUUAAUUCUGUGGGCUUGCAAAAUGAAGCUCCUGAUGAGCAAGGAGCAGUAAUGGUUUUACACGGAAGGCAGCUGCAGAUACUAGAAAAAUUGAAUGGCUUGCUAGUAAGUGUGGAUGAGCUGAAGAGAGAGGUGAAAUUUCUGAAAGAAGCUAUUCCAAAGCUUGAAGAGGUUGUCCGAAAUGAGCUUCAAGGGAAGGGAGAUGUUCAGAGGGUUAGCCCAUCACACAGAGCAACGAAGCGGAGAAAAGCUGAGACAGCUUCUGGUGCAACAGAAACUACCAGCUCUGAGGAGGCAGAAAGUGAAGGAGGUUAUCUUACAGCUCAUACCGAUUCUGAAGGAGACUCUGAGGAAGAAAAAGGAUGUAUGAAAUCACCCGAUGCCAUUGUAAAAUCAGAAGAAGAAGAGUUAUUUAAUCUUUUACAGCAGGCGGACAAUUUGCACAAAGGUUCAGAGGAUGAUAAAAAGGAAGGCUUCAGACUGCUGCUUGAGAAUGACAACAAGUAUGAAAACUGUGUGGACUUCCUUUGGAGACUUGCACGCGCUUAUGGAGAUCUGUUUGAGAUGACUACUGAUGCUGAAGAGAAAAGGAAAUAUGUUACUGAUGGAAAGAUUAAAGCUGAAAAGGCUGUUCAGCUGGAUGCCAGGAGUGCUGAGAGUCACCAGUGGUUUGCAAUUAUGUGUGGCUAUAUGUCUCAGUUUGAAAGUGUACAAAACAAAAUCAGGAAUGGUUAUCUCUUUAAGGAGCACCUAGACAAAGCAAUUGAACUUAAGCCUCAAGAUCCUUUUUUAUAUUACCUACAUGGAAGAUGGUGCUAUUCAGUAGCUCAGUUGUCUUGGAUUGAAAAGAAGGUAGCUGCUGCUCUCUUUGGGACUCCACCAACUUCAACAGUAGAAGAAGCAUUGCAGAACUUCCUUAAGGCAGAAGAAAUGUGUCCAGGAUAUUCCAAAUGCAAUUAUGUGUAUUUGGCAAAGUGCUAUAAAGAUCUUGGCCAGAAAAACAAUGCACUGAAGUACUGUGAUUCUGCGCUGUCAAUUCUCUCAGUUACUAAUGAGGAUAAAGAAGCCCAGAAAGACUUAGAGGCUUUACUUCUCACACUGAAGCUGUGAUACUACGCACUUUUUAACUCUUCAUACUGUGAUAAAAUCACAAAACUAAAAUGAGAAUCUAUAGUGACUGGAAACCACGGGUGAAUUCCAACUAAGUCAAUGGGAAAACUGUCAUUGAUUUUGGUUGGCUUGGAUCAUGCCCUUUAAGCGUCUGGCGAUUCUGAUAUGAAAAUGAUGUGUUCAUUUUUGAUUAUUUAUAAUCUUGUACUGGUUUAAUUUUAGAUUGCUGACACUGUGAGUCUGAUUCUCUGAACAUGAAGUCCGCUGCUGGCAAUGGACAUACUGGGGAUUGGAAUGCAAAAUGCACAAAUCUCACUCUUUGAAAGACUAAUCAACUAGUAUGUGAUGCCAGCAUAAAACUGUGUGUAGCAAAACCAAACAAACAGAUGUUUCUAUAGUAAAUUAUAUUUGUAUCAACCAAUUUACACAGAUGUGUACAGAAGAAAAUCAUGAAUGUUCAUGUUUACACAUUUCUCUAUUAUUAUAAAGUUAAAAUCUUGUUGAAGUUAAAGAAAAAGCUCUUGCUUCCACAAAGCUCUUUUUACUUUAAACCUACUGUUGGUUUUUACAUGGAAAUGUGAAAACUUUAUAAAUUAAAUAUUAAAGUUAUAUUUUAUUUGUAAUAUCAAGUACAAUAUUAAAAAUCAGACCAAUGAAGUUAAGUGUUUUAGAGUAAUCUA